AUGCUAACGUCUCGCGUUUUAAACAGCACUACUAUGGCUAUUGUCAUUCUGUAUGCGGCGAGAAUCUUAGUUGGAAUGCCCAUCAAGAAAGGUGGGAGAGCUUUGAGAGAAAGCUCACUGGAAAGUCUUGUUUACACCAUUAAUGAGAGAUUUUCUUUUAUCAACAGAGCUUAUUCAACAACGGCGGAAAGCAGACAAAAAGAAGCUUCCGUCUUAUUGAAUCAUAUGAUUUCCCGGGUUGACCGAUCUAAAUGCCAACACCCCCAUCCAGGGCUAAUCAUAGCCUCUCAUACCUUCAAAGAGCCAUACUUCGCUUUUAGCGAUUUUGAUCAACUCAGUCUGGCUAUCAUGGAUCUCUUACUCCGGGGUGCUUACCCUUACUUAUCGGGUUCGAAUUACGCUAAGUUCAAUGUUUUAUUUACAAUGUUUACCUCCGGCGGGACACCUACCACCUUUGCGGCUGGUCGUGCUAUCGCCUUGACUUAUGAAGAUGGAAAGUGA